UAUAAUAACGUAAGGAUGAUGCUCACUUAAAUAUGUAACUCAAGCAUGCAACGUCUUACCCUCAUCUUGGUCCUAAUCGUUUCUCACAUUUUUUCUAGCUGGUUUGUGGCCUGAUGAUAUUCAGACAUCACAGUGACCAGAGGGGAGGCAGAUAAAGAAGUAGAGGAGAAGCUUGAAGCAAACCAGGAGUGAAGGAAGGAGCAGCAUGUUGACUUUCUGAAGGUAAAGGAGCGACACCAAGCUUCACCCAGAACUGGUUAUAGUGUGAUCACUAUGAGGAAGCAGAAAUUGCUUCACACAGUGGAGGGAGAUCAGUAACGGAGCACCAAGGCUGGUGAAGAACCUGACAAAAGCCUACUGGACUUAACGACAUCAAAAGGAUAAGCCAAUACGAAAGAAAGAAGAGAUAGAGUGGAUAACAAGGCAAAGAUGACAAGGAAGAUGAAUAGGUAUGGAAAUAAAGGGAAAUGUUGAGGGUGAAAAGUGAAGUUUUGGAGUGAAAGGAGGAGAUUAAACACAACACUGUACUAUCAUACUUCGAGGAGAUCAGUAGUCGCGAUGUUCAUGAACUUCCGUCGCAUCCGCAAGUGCCAGUGUGUGCAGCUGCUGACCACAGGCCUGGUUCUGUGUGUGAUGAUGGUCUGCUGGGACGAGGUGGACCAUCACAUUGUCAGGCAUGUGAGAUCCUACAUGUACCGAUAUCUGAUCAACAACUAUGACUUUGUCAACUCUUCUCUCGUUAUCAACCCCAGCCAUGGUCACAAUAAGGAUGGUUCUGAUAGUGUGGAUGGUGGCUUUGUGAAUUAUCCCUACCUCAUCAACCACCCAGGGAAAUGUGGAGGAAGAGAUGGGAAAAACUGGGAUGACGUCCUGCUGCUUCUGUUUGUGAAAUCAUCCCCAGAGAACUUUGAGCGGCGGCAGGCCAUCAGGGACACAUGGGGGAACGAGAGCUUUGUAUCGUCAGAACUUGGGGUGAGUGUGAGGUUGGUGUUCGCCAUUGGCAUCCAUGCAGAUGCUGAGCAGAGAUCCAGGGUGCAGAAGGCAUUGUUGCAGGAAAACCAAGUCUACAGAGAUCUGAUCCAGCAGAACUUUGUGGACACGUUUCACAACUUGACCAACAAACUGAUCCUGCAGUUCCACUGGAAGCAUGCAUACUGUCCUCAGGCUCAUUUCCUCAUGUCUGCGGAUGACGACAUGUUCGUCCAUAUGCCGAACUUGGUGAAGUACUUGCAGCAUCUCCUGAGCAGCGAAACAGGGGCUAAAGACCUGUGGGUGGGGCAUGUGUACAGGGGAGCCCCUCCAAAUCGUUGCAAACACAGCAAAUACCAUGUUCCCUAUGAUCUGUACCCCUGGACUUCCUACCCAGACUACACCGCUGGGGCAGGGUACGUGGUUUCAGGGGAUGUAGCCGCUAAAAUUUACCGGGCAACUCAGUUGCUCAACUCCUCCAUAUACAUUGAUGAUGUCUUCAUGGGAAUCUGUGCCAAGGCCAUGGGGGUCUCACCCCAGGAGCAUGCAUACUUUUCAGGCGGGGCCAAGACUCAAUACCAUCCCUGCAUCUACAAUCACAUGAUCACAUCGCACGGUCAUGCCACAGAUGUGCGAUCACUAUGGCAGGCAGUAACAGACUCUGCAUCAUACAGAAAUUCCAGGGGAUUUAUGGGUAAUCUGUAUUGCAAGGCAGUGAGAGUGAUGCUGCUGUGUAUACCGUAUUUCCAGAACACAUACUCCUGCAUUGCUGCUUUUACGUAAAUGGUCUUAAGGGAGACAGAUGUUGAAUACCUCAUGCCACUGGUCUGCCAUUUUUCUCUCUCAUACCAUUUCACGUUCAAACAGGUCAAACCUGUUCUGUUAAGCAAACAAAUGCACUUCGGUCAUUGUCAGGUUCUGUUUACUUAAGUACUUGUGUCUGUGUGCAAACAUGCACAAAACUACACUCCUUUAUUCACUUGCCAGCUUCUGAUUGCUUUUCUGAAGAGGUGCAGCUUAGCCUGGAAAGUCCAAAAUGACUUCUAAACUGGAAGUUAUUAUGGUUUGCCUGAGUGACAGAAUUAAGUUCAUGCUCUGAACACAUUAAUUUGUGGUUUUAAAAAAAAAAAAAAAAAAAAAAAGUGUGAUUGCUAGUGUUUGAGGCUAAUGGCAAAACCAAAUCGUCUCUAUCAAACCUUCAUGACCGGCUUUACCAACUACAAAGGCCAGCGAUGCACUUGAAUUUUUUGGCUUGAUAAUGCAGCCAUCAUGUGAGAAGCUAGUCUGAGCAGCUUUAUUGGUUUUUCAAAUGCUUGCAUCAUAACUUUAAAGCACAAAUUAUGCAGAGUGUAGAAGCAAUGUGGCCAUAAAUCAUACAUGUUAGGAAUAGACAAAAAAAAAGCCUGAAAUGUUCUGUACCAUUUACUUGCGUUUGUUUUUUUGUAACUUAUUGAAUUUCCCUCCCAUGAGGGUAACUAAGUGCAUCACACAUUUCCUGCUGGACCAACUAGCCAGCUGGAGGAAGGCUACAUCUGCCAGAAUGAGCUAAAUGAUGCCAGAUGAUUACAUUUCCUUUUACAAAGCGCAGACAAAACAGAAGACAAAUGUUUGAGACAGUCAGGAUUGCACUGUGAUUAUGAGCUAUUGUGUAUCUUUUUAUUUUCACUGUAAGAGAGCUCGGGACUCAUCUAAAUUUUAAGGUUCCUUCCUGCUCCGUUUGUCUUCUGUACCACAUUACUCCCCCUUCUUUUCCUGCCAGUCUCUUCCUUCUUCACCACUGUGGCUCUGCUGCAUUCUGGUAAAUUGUGUUUGAUAAAAAUGCUAAGACAUGCUGAAUCAUCAUGACCUUUGAAGGAACUUUUUUACUGCUGGAAAGCGUUCACCAUUAAACAAGUGAUGUUAUGGUAGUUGUCGAUUCUGUCAUUUCUGUUGGUUUGAGCAACAAAAUCUAUAUAGCUUUAUAUAUGUAAACAUCAAUAUAUUUACCCUGACAAAAUCAAAAUGUGGCUAGUUGAUAGUUAAAUUUGUAUUACAUGGAGAUAAAUUAGAGAUCACAACAGAAUAGAACAGGAAAAAACUAGUCGGAUGCUGUAUUGACAAAAGAUUGGGAAUUGAAUGGGCUUAAGAUAAAAAUUUGAAUCCCUUUGACUAAAUGAUUGUUACAAAUAAAAUACAUUUAAAAUCAGACUAACCAAACAGUAUUAGUGGCUUAUUUAAUUCACUGACUGUCGGUGUGACAUUAAGUGAGGCUGUCUGAACG